UCAGGACCACAGCAGAAAUUAGCAGCAGGGAUCUCUGAGGAUUAUGGAUGGGCAGUGAAACAUGUAUAAAUACCAUAUUCACUGUAGAAAGGAGGAGAUUGUUGUAGAAAAUGAUUAUUGUUGUACAAAUACCACGGUAGGAGAUGUACCCAAUCAUCAUGCUGUGAGAAAACAAAUUGUUGUAGAUAGUUCUUUAGGAUCUGUUUUACACAGUCUACCUGCCCAUCGGUCUGGGGGUGGUCCAGAGGAGAAGUCAGGACAAGAGUCUUAUGAACCCCUGGAUGGCCAACACACUUGUGUCCUCAGAAAAAAGUCAUGGCAAAGAAGAAACAACUCCAAGAAGACGUCAACUGUGAGUCCCUGGAUGUAACCACUUUAUCUUUACUGGUGCACAGCUUGGACCUUCACCUGACAACAGACCAGGCAUUCAUUGUGGUAUUUGCUGUGGACCAUGCUUGGAAGGAAAUCACAGGAAUGAGAACGCAGAAGAGGGAGAAAAGGAAUGAAAACAGAGGAAACUGAAUUUAAAGGGACAAAUGUCUCAACCUUGAUGAAAAGCGGCUUCUAGCAGGAAUCGUCUGUGAGGAGGAAGAAUUCAGGGACAAUUUUCAGGUACAUUGCAAAUCGUCUUAUUGUUCAUCUGAUGAUUUUGUAUCCGCUCAGUUUCCAACAUGAGUGAAAUGAAACAAGUGGGAUUUCUGAGCUUUUUCAUUUUGCUUAUACAAUGCACAAAACCUUCCUUGUCUCAGGCCAAUUGCUUAGAUGUUAUGUGCAAGCCCCUGGAAAACUGUAUAUUGGAGGUGAUGGAGGAGGGGUCCUGCUGCCCAUCAUGUGCACAGUUUGGGUGCCCCUGUGAAGGUUACCAGUACUAUGACUGUCUCAGUGUUGGAUUUCAAGGUGGGAAAGUUCCCGAAGGCGAGUCUUACUUUGUCGACUUUGGCAGCACAGAGUGCACCUGUCCCUCUGGAGGCGGAAGAAUAAGUUGCCAUUUUAUACCAUGUCCCGAACUUCCACCAAAUUGUAUUGACAUCAUGCAGCCAGCAGAUGGGUGCGUACAGUGUGGUAGGAUAGGUUGCAUUCAUGGUGAGGAGAAGUAUGAAGCCGGGCACACUUUUCACAUGUCACACUGUAAGUUCUGCCAUUGCCCCAAUACAGGGGGGGAGUUAAUGUGUUAUGCCGUGCCUGACUGUGACAUGGAAGCAGAUAACAACACCCAUCUCAUGGACACCACCGAGAGUGAUCCAGAGAGACAAUAUGACUAUCCCUACAGCCACGAACAGGACCCUCUGGAGAUUGUGGAAAAAAACAACAAUUACAAAAGAAACGCCCUGCAAGAUCACUCUAAAUUGGAUUAUGAAGAUGUCACUGAUGAGGAGGUAACCACCUUGUCAACCACUACACAGGUUAUCAACCUAGUGGAAUAUACCACAACCCAAUACUCAACACAUCCUACCACCCAACCGUCCACCAUGGCCUACACCACAGAUAGCAGCACCACCAUAGCUCCAUUGACUUCCACUGAAAGUAAGGUUACUGCCAAGACCACCAUCCAACCAGAUGUCAUAGAGGCAACCACCAGCCAAGCUACAACUACCCAGCUAAGAACAACAGAGGAAAAUAAAGCAUCAUCUAUUGAAAACAGCACUGAGAAAGGCAAAAGUCUGGAAAUAGAUCCUCAAAUAAACAAAACACAGGAUUUGGAUCCAGCAGUAAAUAAAGAUGAUUAUCCUGAAGAGGAAAAGGAAGAAAAUGUUUUCUCCACAACAGUGAAAGCAAUAGUAACAUCUGUUCAGUGGAGCCCAAGUCCCUCCGUGGAGCCACAGGUCACGUUCCCUCGUCUGGGUGAGCAAGGGGCCCCGAAGGACAUUCUCAAUCAAUCAAGAACACAUGAUGGAUCUUCUAAGGAGCUGAUAGAGACAUGCUGUACGGCUGGUCAGCAGUGGUCUAUUGACCAUGGAGAAUGUGAGAACAUGGCCCACAGUGCCUCCAAGGACUGCAGGCUUGUUGAGAAGCAAUGCUGUAUUUCUUACAUCAAGGAUAACACCUGUAUUGCUGGGAUGAUUGCAGCCAAAGAAGAUGGCAUUUGCCUUCAAACUGAGAAUGAUCACUGUGAAAGAUCACAAUUCAAGCUGUGCUGUGACUGCUGCUCUCUGGGCCUAAAGAUCAGGAAGGAAGGACAUUCCUGCGAAUCCAACCUAAACCUUGGAUACCCUUGUAACCACAUGAUGAUGCUAUGCUGUAAUGGAGAAGAGCAGCUACUUCCACCAGAAAUCAAAAUUCUGCCAAAACCUCAACCAACACCAAAAGCUGAAAAAGAUAUGGACGAGUGCGCCCUGAAUACACACACCUGCAAGACGGGUGAACGUUUCGUCAACACGGUGGGAUCAUUCACGUGUGUAUCAGAGGUGACGUGUGAGACCGGGUUCAUACUAGAAGAGGGAGUAUGUCAAGAUAUUAAUGAAUGUUCAUCUAGCCCGGCCCCCUGCAAACAAGGAUUUACCUGCAUAAACACCUUGGGCUCUUAUGUGUGCCAGCGGAAACACCUGAACUGCAACCGGGGGUACAAGUCUAAUGAGAACGGAACAAUGUGCAUUGAUAUAGACGAAUGUGCCAAAGGCGUGCACAACUGCUCCAGUGAACAAGCCUGCUACAAUCUUCCUGGCUCAUAUCGCUGUGACUGUAAGGCUGGAUAUCGCUUUGACACAUUCAGGAGGAAAUGCCUGGAUGUCAAUGAGUGCUGGGUAUAUCCAGGGAGAAUGUGUCACCACACAUGUGAGAAUACCGUGGGCUCCUACCGCUGCUCGUGCUUUGCUGGUUUCCGACUAUCGCAGGAUGGGAAACAUUGUGAAGAUGUUAAUGAGUGUGAACAGAACCCAUGUAACCAGGAGUGCACCAACAUCUACGGCUCCUACCAGUGUUACUGUAAGGAGGGAUACAAGCUGGGCGAUGAUGGCACCACCUGUGAAGAUAUUGAUGAAUGUCGUCAGAGUAUUGGAUCUAUCUGCACUUUUGCCUGUGUCAACACCCCAGGAAGUUAUCAGUGUGCAUGUCCAGAGCAUGGAUACACAAUGUCAGUCAAUGGGUUAACAUGCAAAGAUAUUGAUGAGUGUGAAAUAGGAACCCACAACUGCACAUCCUCGGAGGAAUGUUACAACAUCCAGGGAAGUCACAAGUGUCUCUCCUUCGAUUGUCCAGAAAAUUACAGAAGAGUCUCCAAUAUGCAAUGUGAGCGACACAACUGCUUCAACUACCAAGACUGUCAGAACACCCCAUUUCGGAUCUCCUACCAUCGCCUCAACUUCCCAACCGGAGUGGUGGUUCCAGCACAGAUAUUUCGCAUAUCCCCAUCUCCAGCCUAUGCCGGUGAUAAUAUCAUCAUGGACAUUAAGAAAGGAAAUGAAGAAAACUAUUUCAGCGUCAGGAAACUGAACCCAUACACAGGGAUCCUCUACCUGCAGAGACCCCUCAGGAAGCCCAAGGAUUUCCUGCUGGAUGUGGAGAUGAAGCUGUAUCGCCAGGGGUCCGUGACAACCUUUCUGUCCAGAAUCUACAUAUUUAUAACUGCACCUGUCUCCUAAUAAUGUUUGUAUUUACAACAAUGGGCCAUGUACAUAUGGAAAUGGUAACUGAGAAAUGGGUCAUGUGACUUGUCUGUUCCAGCCGCAGCAUCUCUGGAGACAGGUUAGGGCCAGAUUUGCAAGACUAAAUAUUUCUGCAUAUAGGACUCAUGUACCCAACAUUGUAACUUAUUCUGGAUGUAACCUCCAUAACCCUGAAUAAUCUGUAUAAAAUCAGUGUAAGAGUCAUACUCAGGUCAUGGGUUGGGGUUUCGUGCCCGUUUUAUUCAUGUUAUGGGUGCUGCCUCAUUGAUGUCUCAAGGUUGUAGAAAGUUGACAAGAAAAUGCUUAUGAAUACUGACCACACCCACAAAUAACAGCUUUGACAUUAUGCAACAUAAAUUUUAAUAUUACACGUAUACAGUAUUAUGUUUAGGCCUUUAUCAUUUGCCACCUAAGGGAUAAUAUGGGGACUGCAUGUAAAAGAUCUGUGGUAUUUUAUUUAUUAUGUUCUAAUUUAUGUAAAUGAAUGUAACUUUGUUUAAUCGCAAAAUAAAAAAUACUAAAACCA